GUUCGGUGAAAAGUUAGCGUGGAUAAUGGCUUCUAUGCUUCUUGGCUCUUUCUCUUUGGCUUCUUCCCUUACCACUGGUUGUCACGUAACAAAUGCUUCAUUUUAUAAAAGUCGGAAAAUUCGGAAUGAAUAUCCCAUCAUGAGACAUGAGAAGCAAAAUAAUUUGAAGCAUGAUUAUAGAUUAUGCAUUGAGGCAGCAUCCACAGGUAAAGAAUGUGCUAGAAGUAAUGUUGUGAAUGUAGCCCCUGGAGAAUCAUUUGAAUCUGAACCUCAAGAUCCUAGACCAAAAAGCCUUUUGGCCUCUACAAAAGAUGCCAUAAAUAUUUUAACCAGGUUUAUGAGGCCAGUGGCAGCAAUUGUUGCAGCAGUAAACAUAACUUCUUCGGCUCUCCUUGCAGUGGAGAAUUUUUCUGAUAUUUCUCCAACAUUUUUUAUUGGUUUGUUGAAGGCCUUGGUAGCUAUCUUUCCCAUGAACAUUUUUGUUGUAGCCUUGAAUGAUUUAGCUGACUAUGAAAUAGACAAGAUAAACAAGCCAAAUCUUCCAUUUGCAUCAGGAGAUUGUUCUUUUGAAACUAUCACUACUAUUGUUGUAUCAAGUGCGAUUCUGAGUUUUGGGCUUGCAUGGAUUGUAGGUUCACCGCCAUUGUUUUGGGUUAUUUUCUCCCAUUUUAUUGCAGCAUCUGUUUAUUCAAUCAAUUUGCCCCUAUUGAGAUGGAAGAAAUCUUCGGUGCUUAGUGCAUUGAACUUCAUACUUGAUCGAGCAAUAAUACUCCAACUUGGAAUAUUUCUUCACAUGCAGACUCAUGUGUUCAAGAGGCCAAUCAUGAUUCCAAAAUCAUUGAUUUUUGCUUUAGUAGUUAUGAGCUUAAUCACUGCAGCUCUAUCAUUUUUCAAGGAUAUACCUGAUACUGAAGGAGAUAAAAAAUUUGGCAUUCGAAAUUUCGCAGUGGUUUUAGGCCAGGAACGGGUAUGGUCUUCUCAUUUAGCAUCUAAUAGCCAUAGGAUUUGGUUGUGCCCUUAUGUAUCUAUGGGUUUCCCCUAA